UAUUGUCAUGUCCAGCCAUGAGACCAUCCGGGUGCUGGAGGUGGGGGUGGAUGGGGACCCCAAAACGGCCGGGGAGGGAGCGGGGGGGUCCCCGGCAGAGGGGGGCCCCCCAGGUGUGGAGGACGCUCCCGCCGGCACCCCGAGCUCGUCCGGCGGGGAGGCGGCAGGUAAAGCCAAAGCAGCGUCGCCCACCCCGCUCCCCUCGAGCCCCGCCCCGAGCCAGCCCGGCGUGACGCACCUGGCCGUGCAGGCCACCCCGCAGGUGUUGGCUCAGGAAAGCUUAGCCACAGGUGUGACAGGAGUAAUGGUUCCGGCAGGGACAGUUACUCAACCUCUUCUUAUCCCCAUCAGUAUUGCAGGUCAGGUGACAGGCCAGCAGGCGCUGGCCCUGGUGACAAUUCCCACAGCAACGCUCGCCGCGCUCCCGGGACUGACGCCGGCGGCACCCGCGGGGGCGAUUUUCAAACCGCCCGUAGCCAAUCUCACAGCCGCCGCCGUGCUCAGCCCCGCCAUCCCGGCCGUCCCGGCGGUCCCGGCGCCGCGGCCGCCCCCGCCGCCCCCGGGGCAGCCCCCGCUGCUGCCCCAGCCCCCCCCGGCGCCCACCCCCCCAAAGGACCCCCCGAUGUCCGUCCAGCCCCAGAUCACCGGACUGGCCUUUAACCCCGGCAUACUCACGGCGGCUCUGGGGGCGCAGCCACAGAUCCUGGGGUCCCUCAGUGCCCCCCCCGUGAUCGCCAACCCCCUCCCCAGCGUCCAGGGGAUCCCGGGGCAGCUCCUGACCAACACCCAGGGCCAGGUGAUCGGGACCCUGCCGUGGGUCGUGGCCCCCCCCGGGGUGGCCGCGGCCGCCCCCGCGCCGGCCCCGCCCAGCCUGCAGGUGACACCGGUGACACCGCAGCUGCUGCUCAACGCGCAGGGCCAGGUCAUCGCCACGCUGGCCACGGGGGCCACGCUGGCCACGGGGGCCACGCUGACCACCGCCCCCCCCGCUCCGGCCCCCGGCAAGAAAAACGGGCCGGCCGAGCCCCCCAUCAAGAGCGAGGUCCAGCCCAUCCAGCCGGCCCCGGCCGGGGUGGGGACGAGCCCCACGCCCGUGGCCAAGGUGUCGCCGUCCCCGGUGCCCAUCACCUGCUCCGAGACCCCCACCGUGAGCCAGCUGGUGUCCAAGCCCCCCGCCCCGCCCAGCGCCGAGGAGGACGGGAUCAACCUGGAGGAAAUCCGGGAAUUCGCCAAGAACUUCAAACUGCGGCGCCUCUCGCUGGGGCUGACCCAGACCCAGGUGGGGCAGGCCCUGACGGCCACCGAGGGCCCUGCCUACAGCCAGUCAGCCAUCUGCAGGUUCGAGAAGCUGGACAUCACGCCCAAGAGCGCGCAGAAGCUGAAGCCGGUGCUGGAGAAGUGGCUGCGGGAGGCGGAGCAGCGGCAGCGCGAGGGGCAGCAGCACCUGCUGGAGUUCGUGGGGGGCGAGCCGGGCAAGAAGCGCAAGCGGCGCACGUCCUUCACCCCGCAGGCGCUGGAGGCGCUCAACGCGCACUUCGAGCGCAACGCGCUGCCCACGGGCGCCGAGAUCACGCGCAUCGCGCAGGAGCUGCGCUACGAGCGCGAGGUGGUGCGGGUGUGGUUCUGCAACCGCCGCCAGACCCUCAAGAACACCAGCAAGCUCAACGUGUUCCACGUGCCCUGAGGGGCAGCGCCCCGGCUCUGCCCCCCGGCUCUGCCCCCCGGCUCUGCCCCCCGGCUCUGCCCCCCGGCCGGAGCUGUGCCCGCCUCCAGCGGCUCCCAGCGCCCCCGGGCCCGUGCCCCCCCCGGCCUCCAGCCGUCAGCACUUUGGGCACUGCUCUGGCCCUCUGCCACCUGGUUCCACCACCGCACCUGUACCUGUGUAAGCACACCUGUACCUGUGUAAGCACACCUGUACCUGUGUAACGACACCUGUACCUGUGUCCAGCACACCUGUACCUGUGUCCAACACACCUGUACCUGUGUAACCACACCCGUACCCGUGUCCACCAUUCC